GUGCACUUUGAUGUUCCCACCGCCGCCGGGCGGCAGAUUUUUUCCAUCCAAUGUUGUGCCAAAAACGAAGAAGCGAUCGUUUCUCCUCUUCGCGGAAGCCGCAGCGACGAUCUCGCCGCCGCCCGUUCCGAAUCCGGGCCAUUGAUCGUUGUCUUCGUAGAUAGGGAUGGGAAGUACUUCACGGACUAUGAUUCUCCACGCAUCCAAGAACUGAUGCUCAAAGUAUUGUCUUUCCUGUCAAGACAGCCAUAGCGCAUGGUCAUGUGGAUUAUUCAUCGCCUACAUUAUUCGUCUGCUCAUCAAACUUCUUGCCCUGCUUCAGGCGUGAGGAGAAGCAUGUGGGAGACACUGCACCUGCACAAACGAUGGAACAACUAGAUCUCCCUUCCUUGAACAACUUAUUACACACUGCAUCAUUGAAGGAAUCGUCCAUUACCAGUUCCUCGUCCUCCAUAUGGGCCCUGGUAUCCCAUGAUUGGGGAAUCACAUUUUACAUCAGGAUUGAUCACACUGGAUUUUUCCACACCUAUCCUUGUGUCGGUGGGCCGUUUCGUAGCUUACAAGAGGCUUACAGUGCCAUUGAUUGCUAUCUUCGUGAUCGUGAGGAUCCAACAAUGUGCAUAGAUCCAGAUGACCCAGAUUUGAUUUAUCAUGUGCUAGAAUCCACACGUGAGAGAGCUAUACGCCGAAUUCUUUGCUGGCCUGAUGGCACAAGGACUUCGCGGUUGCAAUCAGAGCCAAUUGAUCAGAGGCGUUGUUGGAUGCUUCAGUUGGUUCGAGCUUUGGUGGGCAAAUAUAAUGAUGAUCACAAUCUUUUAGGGGACCUUGCAUAUGAACUACAAGGUGUUGUGUGCUACCACGUGUUCAAUGAGGGGGGUAAUAAUCGUAGGAUGUACUAUCAUGUCAAUUUCACUGCAAAUACUAAAUUCAGCAAGGACCUAUUAUUCUUUGCUGAGACUAUCAGUGAACAACGUGAUGAGUUGGUGGUCAGCUGUAUCUGCAGGAUUAAUCCUUCUGACAAAGACAGGGGGCACUGCCAUGCUUGUUUAUCUGACGUGAAGCACCCCAAGGAUGAUGCAUACUUUGGUGGUCACUCUUCUGCUGGUGUCUUGUCGGGGACGUAUCAUUCUCAUGGUCCCAAGGAGGAUUUGGGAGUAACUGCUGCCCAAUUGAAAGACGAGGAGUCCCGCGUAAGAUAUUCACAUAAGGGCCCUAGGGAUCCAAACUUCCUGGAGAAACUCAGGGCACCAGUCGAAGUUAACUUUCCACCCCCGCGGCCAAUCGAGGAUACCAUUGCCUUUAUUUCCAGGUUCUGUAGAUAAGAUGUCUGCUGUUUGGUGUUGCUAAGAUAAGAAAGAAAAGGACAUGUGGUUUGGGAUGUGUACCUAUUUAUAAGAAGCUCCACUCGAUUUUCUGAAUAAAUCGAUGUGCAAUUCCUUAAGCGACUUGAUGUUGUCAGGGCUUUUAGUAGGUUUAUGCGAAGUAAAUCCAUCUUUGCCUUGUCCUGGUUCCAGCAUGUAGUCAUUUACCUAGGCACCUGCAACAAAAGUUUGUGGUAGAUGUCUUCUCUAGAUUGUUGAUCAAAGGAACUACUCGUGGGUUAAUUAGAGGUCUUUGGCCCCAAUUUUAACCCCGAAGAUGUUUUCAGCUU